AUGGCGAUAAAUGAAGAGGGAGGCAUCAGCAUGAGAGUUAGAGAAGCUGAGAUAAAGAUGAAAGUGGCUGAGCUCUUUGUACCAGGCCCAUGGGGCCUAUUUAAAGCCAUAGAUGGAUUUGUGAAGAUGGCCAGGGGCGGACCUAGGGGGGGGGGUGGUGGUGGUAGUAGUGGUAGUCGUGGUGGUGGGGGUGGUGGUAGUAAUCGUGGUGGUGGUGGUGGUGGUGGUAGCGGCGACGACAUCAGUAGCAGUCGUUGUGGUAGUCGUAGCGGUGGCGGCAGUAGCAAUCGCAGUGGUGGGAGCAGCUGUGGCAGCAGCCGUAGUAGUCAUAGUGGUAGCGGUAGUAGUAGUAGAAGUAGCAGCAGUAGUAGUGGUAGUGGUGAUAGCCGUAAUAGUAGUGGUAGUGGUAGUAGCCGUAGUAGUGGUGGUGGUGGUGGUGCUUUAGAAGCUGUAGAAGCAGCUUUGCUCCACAAAGCCAUAAUCUGGUUUUGA